AGCAAUAGAGACACACACAGACACACACACAAAGACCGAGAGCAAUAGAGACAUACACACACACACAGAGGACAUAGACAGGAUUAAGGAAGAACACCAUCUGUCAGCCCAUCUCCAGGCCUCACAAAACAUCCCGUUGAAAUACAGUGGAGGAGGAUCAGUAUUCUACGCAUCAGCACUAGCAUGAGCCAACUAGUUCAACCCUGUAACCUCCCUUCCGAUAGCAAAGCAUUUUCCAAAGAAAAACUAAAAAACAAGCAGUUCUUAUUGGACAAGUUCAUGUAGUGCCUCCCUGUUUCACACUGUUUUCUCACAUUUUGUGCUUAAUGAACAUGACCCUAGCCUAUCUAAUAUUUAUCCACAGUGGAGUGGGUUUCAGGAAGGCUGGCUGUACAUGGUGUGUUUAAUGACUGGUAAACAAUUUAUCCGGCCUUAGCCCACCCCUAUCACAAGACUCCUGUCACUUGACUAUCCUCCCUGCUCACCUCACGGCACUCAUUAGGGAGUUCUGGACAACGCAGUUACUUCCUCUCUCAGUCUGUCUCUUAGUUACUCUUUUUCUUUCUUAGUCAUUCCCUGUCUGUCUGUCUGUCUCUUUAUUAUCUCAUGCAUAAAUUGAAUGCAAAAGCUUCUCAGCAAGAAAUACUCUUGUGUAAAAUGCAUAAUGUUAUAUUGUAGGUUUCACAUACAGUGCAUCCCCUCCACUCUUUUUACUGUGCCUUCUGUAUCCACAUCUGUGGGUGUAGACUUCAUUAUGGACAUGAUGUAUAACUUCCCUUGCUAUUUUUGAUUCAGUACAAUAUAAAUCACCACCACAUUUAGUUGUUUUCUUAAAGGAAGGACCUCUGUAAAUCCCCCUUUUAGACAGAUGUUGACUAAUUAUACUGGGAGCGUGUGUUAGCACACCACACGGUUACCAUCCAAAUUCAAUUAGGAGAGUUUUGGGUGGAGACCUUGACUCCCAAUGUGUCUGGUUGGUCAGAAAUAAAGAGGACCAGACAUGGGGAGGUAGAUUGAGGGAAUUUACAACUGACCAUUUGAGGACAAUACAACUGACAUCUGGUCACUUAUUGCGUUUAUCAGAGAGGGAAAUAUCACAGUAGGAAAAUACAUGUAGUUGACUGGGAGAGAAAGACUGAGAGUUGGAUGGAUUUGAUACAGACUUGGAAGGAAGGAAAGGGAAAUUCAAUUUGGGAGUAGAGCGAGGCUGAAGAUAUUAGGCAGGGGCGUUGACCAAAACAACAGAAGAGUUUGUAAUAUCUUCCAAAGUGCCAAAGGAUCAACUUCUAGGACUUCUGCGAUGUCUCAUCCACAACUGUUUCUUCUUUUCCUGUGCUGUCUUCCUCUGGCAGCACCUCUGUGUUGUUACACAUGUGUGUUUCCUGCCAUCUCUCCCAUGGACUGCCUCAAGUUCCCCCAGGAGUGUCCUGCUGGACAGCGCUGCCUAGCUAGCACUGCAGUGGGGACGCGAGGCUCCCUGCGUCUGGUCCUGUAUGAGAAGAGCUGUGCCAUUCCCUCCCAAUGUGGUCUGUCUGGGGAGAAACAUACUGCAGGCCUGAACUUCACCUACCACAACAACUGCUGUGACACUGACCUGUGCAACGGGGCUAUGGCCCAUGCUGCCCCCAUCUGGAGGGGAGGUGCACUGUGCAUCCUGCCUAUUCUUUCUCUCAUACAGGGCUGAUAUACUGAUUUAUUGCAUGUUAUAUGAAAAUGCACAAUCGUACAAUAACAUGCACAACCUAUAUAUGUCAUGGCGUGAAUCCCACUAACCAAAACAAUCUUAGUAUAGACAUACACAGUGUGACAAACUGACAGUGCCUCGUUUACAUGAGCUGCUUACAGACAAUAGACACACACACACACACACACACACACACACACACACACACACACACACACACA